UUCGAGAAAGAUAGUAGAACGUAUGUAAUUAAACGAGCCCCUGAACUUUACAACGCGUUAUCGAUCAACUCACCUGGUGGGCGCGGAAAAUGGCCGAUUAGAUCAUGGCCGACUAUAUACAAGAUAAACAUCUUCGGAUCGGAAGAUUUGCCAAUUAAUUUAUCCAAGGAGAAAUUUAUCCAAAUGAAGAUCAUUAUUUUCCACGAAUGCUUCGUAAUUAUGGAGAAUGAAGUAUAAGUACAAGAGAAGAUCGUAGAAAGUAAUCGACGUUGAAUUCAGUGACUCCUUUUUACUAUUUAUCCGGUGAAAUUUACUCGAUGUUCCACAUAUUUUUCACUAAUUGCGUGCUUAUCAACGUAUCGCAAAUGACGUAUAUAAAUUUAUAAACAAAAUUUUCGAAUGACGAGCGAAUCGAAAUUUCUUGCGAUCGGAUGAAAAAAGAUAAUGCAUCAUGGAUUAGUAAUUCAAAUUCACGGAUUAGCACAAUAUUUUGCAUUCUGUAACUAUGCGAAACGUCUAUGCUCUUCUAUAUCAUUUGCAUAAUUAUAAAAGGAAGUAUAGGAAUAAUGAAGAGAAAAUAUAUCAAGCAUAUCGAUGCGUGACUUCUUUGUUUACCGAUCAAACAGAUCUUCCCUCCUUUACUUAAAAGGUAUUCCAAUAUUGGAUGAGUUGUAUCUAUUCGUAACAGAAAAAUUAAUCGAAUCGAAUGAGUAACGAUAAAGCAUACGUUGAAUUUUAACAAAUGAUUUUUAAAUAACAAAUAUUAGGAUGUUCAAUAUUAAUCUGAUUUGGAUAAUCAUCAUGAUUAAUCAAUCAAAACUCACGAUAUCUUAUUACAAGAGCUUAUUUGCGUUCUCGAAUCGUUUUGACAUUAUUAUUCAACUUUUCAAGGCGAAUCGUGCCAUUUCCUUCGACUCUUCAUCUUAUCUAUAUCCCUUUCACUUCACCGGCAAAUAUAUCUUAUUGACAAGUUAAACAUGGAAGUUUUUAGCAUUUAGAGAAGGAUAAUUGUUGCAGGAAAGGGCAAUUAAAAUAUUGAAUAUACAUCCAAUCGACAUUUCUUUAAUAAAAAUUCCUUUGUAAAAAAAUCCUUGUUUUCGUAACAAAACGACGAAAUUGAUCACACACAAUAAAUUGGAUAAAUCAGCGAAGAAAAAUAAAGAAGGCUUGCGUUUAGGUGGAUUAAUGGGGACAUUAGUCGAAUAGAUUAUCCGACAACGGAAAAAUACUCGAAAUAAUAAAGUACAGUGGCGAUUUAUCGAUUGCUACUCGAUUUACAUCAAGGUUAUAAAUAAUAGACCGAAUCGAAAUUACUCUAUGAUCGAUCGAUCUGCAUUUUCGCAGUAUUCUUUUGGACUUUGAAUCUAUCGAUGGGAUUGCAAACUAAUAAAAAACGUGUGAACUUACGAUUAAUAUUGUUUAUAUUCAUAUAAACUGUAUCUAAUAAAUUUAUUUUGAAUUAUAAUCACGAUGAUCGAGCCAAACAAGAGGAUUGAAUUAUAAAAAUUCUAUGAAUUUUCCAAAGUCUCUACACGAAUCCCUACACAAAAGGUAAAAAAAAAAAACCAAAUGUUCAAAUCGAAAUAAAAUUAAACAUCAAUGUACCUAUCUGCUAGUGUGUAUCUAUCGAUAAGAGGAAUAAAAAUAUUAUAAAAGAAAGUUGUUGUGCUGCGAAAUGAAAUGUGUGCGUACGAUGCAGAUUGUUCAGUUGUUCCGAGGAAAUAGGUCAAUUAGAUAAGUAAAAAAAAAGGUAAAAAUCUUCGAAUCAAAUGUUUAAAUCGAAAUAAAAUUAUACGUACUUAUAUAUGUAUGUGCUAUCUAUCGAUAAGAGGAAUAAAAAUAUUAUAAAAGAAAGUUGUUGUGCUGCGAAAUGGAAUGUGUGUACGUGUUACGACGCGAUGCAGAUUGUUCAAAUGUUUUCGAAGAAAUAGGUCAAUUGUAUCUGAUACACUUAUCGCGAUCUAGAAAUCACGUAUGGCACGCGUGUGAGAUCAAUCGUCACAAUUACACAAAUUCGAUCGAUGUUUAAUCGAAUGAUCGGAUCAAAAGAUGAUCGCCUUUGUCGACUCGUACGACAUUUUAAACCGAUGAUUAUACAAGAAUCGAUUAUAAAAGGAUAUCUAAAUCACUUAGUGCUGUUUAGAUCUUUCUGGAAAUUGAGGAAACAUUAUAUAAAAUUUAUAAUCGAUCAGAUAAGCAGUGUAUACUCGACUCGAGACGAGAAUCCAUUCACGAAGAGAAUAAUGUCUAUAUUUUAAAAUCAGAGAUAUAAAUAUAGACGUUCUUUUCGAUUUAGGAUUUAAUUUAAGAUUUAAUCGAAUAGAUACGAUCAUUACAAAAAAAAUAUAUUUUCGAUUCUUCUUUUCUGUUCUCGUAUUUGUACAGAUUGUAUAAUACUUCGUUCUAAUAUAUGUUCUUCGUUUCUAACGUUUCUAAUAAAUAAUUAGUUACUUAUUAUAGGUGUAACAAUGGGUGGAAACCAUUUCACUUUCUGGACAGUGUCUGAGUACGAGUCACGAGAUUCGAUAAGACUUGACAAAAUACUCUCGUGACCUGAUGAAUGAAUCAUCAACGAUUUCUGAAAAUGAUGCGAUCGAUAGGAACAGAAAUUCUAUUGUUGUUUGCUCAUGACGCAACUUUUUCUUUUUAGAUUCAAGUUUAAAUAUUAACUCGAUAGAUUUGAGUUAAGAAGAAUAAAUGACUCUUUGGAAUCUUAAUUAAAUAAGAUUCGAAAAGUAUAUAAUUUAUAGAAAGGAAAACACGGAUACAAACGUGAUACGAGAUCCGAAAGAGAAAAGUAUAAUUCGAAAUGAAAUAAGAUCGUGUCGAUUGAUAUUAAUUAGAUAAUUGGUUACAUUAAAAAAGAUAAAGUUCAGAAAAUUGAUCUAGAAAAGUGAAAGAUAGUAAAGAAAAAGAAAAAAGAGAUAUUGAGAAAUUGCGUAAGAAAAACCGAUAUAAUUAGAAAUUAAAGAAAUUGAAUAAGUAUUGAAAUAAGUAUCUUUGAUAUUAUUGUAUAUAUAUAUAGACAGUAUCUGCGAUUAAUUGUUAAUCUUGCCUAUAUCAUUCUUGAAGACUUGUAUUAUUAAGUAAUUGUAAUUAUUGUAAUUGUAAUUAUUAAAAAUUCAAGAAACAUUAUCGAGAAUCAUAUCGAAUGAUUGCUCGAUAAAAUGAUUAUAAAAAAAAUAAUUAUAACGACAACAAGAGAUUUAUUAAGUGUGUAAAGAAAUAGGAAACAAAAUCCGACAGAGGGUACAAAUGAUAAGAAGAAUUGAAGAACGCGUAAAAAGAGUGGUAGUUUAAUUAAUCGAGUGUUCCGUAGCUUUUACGAAACGAACUCUAUCUUCAAUUACAACUUAUACAAUUUAACUAACGACACAAUUGUCACAGAGAAGAAAAUAGAAUUUUUACGUCGAGCAGUGUUAAUUACAAAGUUCAAGUCUAAUAAUUCUGGAUGUCGAUAACAACGAUGUACAAAGAUGAAAAUUUUUCGUUUCAAGGAAGAGGAGGGACGACAAUGUUGAUUUGAAUAGAAAUCGUUUGAUUUCCGCCGAGUUUUCAUGACGAACCGGCGUGAUGGCGAUAAGUGGUAAAAAGAGAAGUCCGAUAUAAAUAUGUUUAUCAGCCGUUGCAGAGGAUAUCGAUAUCGCGAGCCAGGGUACCAAGCGAAUUAUCUUGCUUUCUUCGCUACUCUCGGACGUUUUAUUCAGGCACAUGAUUGAUAACGAUAGAAUGACUAAUAACGCAAGAUGUGUUAUGUGUAAUGUGUAAUCAAAAAACAAGAGGAGAAAAGUGCGGAUUGAUAUAAAAUUUAACAAAUAAAUUUUGUCUUCUUCAAAAGGAAAAAAAAAAGGAAUUUACUUUGAAAUUUCAUCUCGAUGAAAUUCGAUAUUUGAAGAAACUUCAAGAAAUGUUAAAUCUUUGAUAAAUGAGAAACGCAUCUUUGAAUGCGAUAAAAAUUUGUAUAAGAAUUUUUAUAAGAGUAUCGCUCGUAACGAUGCGAUUAAUUGUGAUAAAUAUUCUUUUUAUAGAAAGGCACGUGAAAGCGAUUCCCAUGCAACAUUGACAUGCAACAAAAAAUCGCUAUAUUUAAAUAUGAACGUCAAUUUUCUAGGAACAGAAAACAUUGUUGUCAGAAUGUAAUUAAAAUAUAAAUUAAAAUGUCCAUCAUACUACUGUCUUGAAUUGCAAAGUUGUUACUGUUAUCUAUUAUAUAUCAUUAUAAAUGUUGUUAAAGAAGAAGUGGAUUUCAAGGAUAAAAGUAUUUCGAAAUGCACUGCAAAACCAAAUAUUAUUUUAUAAUAUUAAAAAGAAAACGAAACCAGAAAAAAGAAAAAAGAAAACCGGAUAAAUUUCAGCAAUAAGAACAAAAAACAAAUAUUCUUCUAAAUCAAAUUAAAACAAAUAUUUUAAAUGGCAGAUCUAUUUUAAAUUUAUUUUAAAUUCAAAUGAGAUAGAAUUAUUGAUGUUCAGUGAAAUAAAAGAAGAAAAAAAAAGUACGAUUAGAAAGAAGAAGAGGAGGAUAAUAAAAAAAAGGAAAGAAAGGAAAAUGUUAAAAAAAAAGAGAAUCUUAAAAGAGAAACGAAAAAGAAGAAUGAUAAAAGAGAAAAGAAAUUGAUAAAGCAGAGAAGGAAAAGAUAUUGAUAAAAGAAAGGAGGAAGAGGAAUUGAUAAAGGAAAGAAAAAAGAGGAAUUGAUAAAAGCAGGAGAGGAAGAUUGUAGCAUUGAAUUCGUGCAGUGCAUGAACAAGUUUAAGAAACAUGUGUUAAAUCCAAUUUAUUUAAAUUGAAUGUCAAAUUGAUACAAAAAACGAAUAUAAAAUUUUUGUAAUAAAUGAACGAUAAAUAAUAAAAGAGAGAAAGUAGGAAGAGGAAUUGAUAAAAGAACUAAUUUUUUAUUGGAGUUGAAAAAAGUUUUGUAAAGUUUGACAAGGUUUAACGAAAAAGAUUUAUUUCAGUUAAAUUUUAUACAAUUAAAAUUUUUAAAAUAACAUUUACUUGCAAAAUAUUUUUGGGAAUUAAUUUCAAUAAUUUCAAUUCUUUUUAAUAGAUAAAAGAGGGAAAGAAGAAAAGAAGAAUAAGGAAAAUAAAAGAGAACAUGAACAUGAACAAGCUAUAAUUUACAUGUUCAAUAUUAUAAAAACCAUUGAUUAUUUAGCAACAGGUGAAUUAACUUAAUACAUGCCUCGAUGAAACAUGUAAUUAUCAUAUUGUUUCAUUAACAUAAUAAGAUAAAGAGUAUGUUCGAUUUAUCACCUGUGCUACUCCUCGAAUUAGUAAUAUUUGCCAAUCUUUGGAUCGAAUAUUAACGAUAUUGAUAAUUCAUUGUUUUGAAAUUGUUUCAUCUGUUCUGAACAAAAUGCUUAGUGCCGUAAAUUAAGCAAUAUCGAUCGUGUUUUUAUUUCAUUAAUUCUUCAUGCAAAUCUAUAUAAAUCUGAUAUUCCUGAUUCUUGAUUAAAUAUAUCGAAGAAUAUUUUCAAUGUUAGUUUUAAUAGCGUUUAUAACGUCGAUCAGUCUUGAGAACUUUUCCAAUGAACAGGAGGUAAUGAAUCAUGUGGAAAGCUAUUGUCACAUGAGCUGUUUCCGUAGAGAAACGCAUGCGUCACGAGUGUAGAUUAAAUGUCAUAUGAUGUGUGAGAAUUCUGUUUUACAUUCUUUAUGAAUAAUAUAGUGGUACAAAUAACCCUCUUCUUUUCGCGUUGUGUAAAAAUUUAUUUGCGUGAAGUAAACUGUAAUAUAAAGCGGUACAGUUAAACACUUAUUGUUAGAUCUCGACUGUGGAGUAUAUUUAACUUUGAUAAAUUACAAUUCUAAUAUUAAUUUUUAUUUUGUAUUUAUCCUUGGGAAUUAAAGUGAUACUUAUGAUAUAAAAUAUCAUGACCUAAUUACGGUAUACAUUUUUUAGAAUAAAAAUGACAAAAAAUAUUUAAAAGUUUGAUUACUGUGUUAAUAAUAUAAUCAAUUUCUAAUAUUAUUAUUAUUAUAAUGAUAAUUUAUAUUUGUUGCGAAAUGAAUUUUUAUAAUUCCGAUAAAUAUUUUUUGCAGCUCUUCAGAGAGCCACAAUUUACUCUUUACAUUUUCCAACGAAUACAUUAAAACGAAUAUAAUUAUAUACGAUUUAUUUUUCUAUUUAUUUAUCAGUAUCUGUAAUCAUAAAAAGUAAAUAACAACUUUAUAAUUGUACAUAUAUUACAAAUAAUUCAAAGUCUAACUUAAAAUAGAUAUGUGUAAAAGGGUUAAAUUAUAUAAUAUUUCCCGACGAAUAUCAAGUAUUUAUUUUGUUUGUCAAUUUGAUAAACUGGUUUGUCGUCGAGAUCUCAACAAAGUUAAAUUAGAUUGACACGUAAUUGUGAAUUCACACGUUCAUUCUCAAUAGAAAUGUUACCAGUUUAAAAAUAAAAUUAACACUCGUUAUUUUCGGCACGACAGAUGGCAGACUCUUGUUUUCCAUAGGAUGAUCAUUUGUCAGUUAGAUGUUGCUACAUUUUAUAACUUCGUAUGUAUAUUACUGAAAACAAUUAGAGAUAAUAUUAUGUAUAAAAAAAAAUAUAUUUAAAUAUAUGUAUUAUAAGAUUUCCUUAUUUUUUUUUUUUGGAUCUUUCUUGAUUAUAUUAUUAUGUUAAUAAGUCUAAAAGAUAACAAACUCAAGGUAAUCGAUAAUAUUUGUUAAUUAGAGUAUUUAACUAAUUUUUCUUCUAAUUAUUUUAUUUUUGAUGACCUAGUUAAAGAUACUUUACUUUUUAAUAUUCAUUAUACUCAUAAUAUCGAUAUACCGAUCAUUUUUUAAAAAAAUAAAAAAUAAAUUAUUGUAUUUGUUACAUAUCCACUAUAUGUAAAAGUAUAGAUCGAUAAAGUCAACUAGUAUUGAGAGCAUUACGUAAUCACUUAAAUACAUUACUAUGCAUCUGAACAGGAAAAUAUGUUUGAAAUGUAUUUAAAGAAUUAUAACGCGACGUUGGUGGCAAUGUUACGUAAAUGAUGAUCACCAAGAAAAACGCAUUUUUAAGUCCUUCUUAAAUCUCGAAUCAUGAAAUAAAUAAAAAUGAGAAUAGAAUUUCCCGCGCCAUUUUCCAAUUCUCGAAUAUAUAAUAAAGUAAAUCAAUCGAAUCGAAUCGAAUCGUUUAUGCGCAUUAUAUAUAUAUCGAUAUUGCUAUUUUCUCGACUUUGACCUAUACAUUUUUAAAGAAUUGAAAAAGUAUAUCUAUUGUUAAAAGUAUAUCUAUCGUUGGCUGCUAUAAACUAUUGGCUGCCUUAAACUAUUUUUAAUAGAAAAAAAAAUAAAUAAAUAAAGCAAAGUGAAAAAUAAUCAAAGUCAUAAUCAACAAUUUUUAAUACGAAGAGAAAAUUUUAUCGUAACGUCAAAAAAUUGAAAAUUUCAAAUUUUUAAAGUCUUAUAAUUUCGUCUUUUUAAAAAUAGAUCUGAUGAAAGUUCCAGUUAGUUGCAUUGGCUUUCCACUCGAUGGUUAGUUUGCAUGACACUAACGCAAUUUUAUUGCCUUUGUUGUGGGUGCAGACCAUUCACGUGACAUACCUCUCUCGCAUCGAGCACGUGACUGGCACGUGGACCGAGCAUGUAUGCACAACUAUCUAUAUCAUCAUCUAGACACAAACUUGCGCGAGAAAUACAUAUGUGUCAUGCAAAACGUGCAAAACGCUUGACCAACUGUUAGUAUAUACACAUUGAUACGUACGGAAAACGAGCUUCUACGCCAGAUGCGUGCACCCAUCAAUUUCAUGCAUCUUUAUGCAUCUUUAUGCAAACCAAAUUUCACUUGCAGAUGUGUACUUCUGUUUUUGUAAACAUGAUAUGUAAUGCACAGAAUCGUAUUAUCAUAUUAUAUCCAAUUAAAGACAUUCGAUUAGCAUUUUAUGUAUUUAUAUAUUGAGCACGAUUACGACAAAUUUUCUACAAAAAUUUAUUUAUUUAUUAUAUUUUAAUCUUCUUUGGUUUAUCUUUAUUGAUUUACGUCAAUGGUAGAAUAAAUUCUAUUGGAGAAAGUGUAAUAAUUUCUUUUUUAUGAUUGGUGCAUGAUUAUUAUAUUUGAUUAUAUGUAGAUAAAUAAAUUUGGAUAACAUAAAUUGAAUUUCAAUAUAUAAUAAUAAAAUUGUUAUACAAGGAAAACAUUUGUACUAAUUUUAUGCUAAAAUCUUAUUCUAUAACGAGUUGAUAAACUCGUUUCUCGAACUUUCUAAUGCGAUAAAUGGCACUUUCUCAAAUUUUAGAUAGAAAUCUUUAUCCCUGAUAAUCAAGAUUUAGAACUGACGAUUACAUUAUCAAAUGUUAUCUUGGCCUUGGUACAUUUACCUCUAAUUUAUUUUUUUCUUUCUCGAUGAUUUGUAUUUAAGCUAUAUUAAAUUCUUUUUAAAUGAAAACAAAAUUAAAGUAUGAUAUAAAAAAAAAAUAAAAAUUAAUUACAUAUUGAAUAAACGAGGAAUCAAGGUUAUUCCAAUCUUUCUUAUCUUGUUCAUAUGAUUAAUCAUGAUUAUCCGGAAAUGUUAAUUAUUCUUAAACAUUAAAUAUAUUUUUUAGAGAUUUAGCACGUGUGAUUUAAUUAAAUCUUAUCACUUAAACAGAUAUUCUAAAUCAAACGGAAAUUCAUCCUUGAGAUUAAUUCCGUUUGAAAAAAAAAAUUAUAAUGCAAUAAAGAUUUCAACGUUUAUCAUUAACCUACAACUGUUUAUUGCAUGGAUGAUGUUUCUGUGAUGUUUCUAUCAAGACUGCAGCAAGCAUACAUAACUACAUGUAUUACGUACAGAAUGUUAAUUCCUGAAAGAAACGAUUGGCAAUAUUGAAAAGAUGAUCAUAGAAUAAAUUAUUCUUAGGUGCAGUGAUUGUCAUGUGAUUAUUUCUCUUGGAUAUUGAUUCGAUUCGUAAGAAAAGUUCUAAAUAAUAAAUUAAAAUGUUUCACAUUUGACUAACGUUUCAAAUAUUAGAAAUGAAUAAUUUGAUAGAAAAAAAUUAUAUUAGAAGAGAAAAGAGUUUUCACAAUUGUUUUUGAAGAUGUGUAGAUGAACGGUUUUAGAUAAUAUUUUGCUUAACCUCAACAAGUUCCACGAAUAAUUUUGGCAACUUGCCAUAAGUAACGAAACGUCGAGCAUUCGACCAAUUGGAUAAGUUUUCCGUCAAGUUUGCUGUAAGAACGCGGGACAGGAUGUCAGAGUUCUUUAAGAACUCAAUUGUUAAAGAAAAGCCGUCUAUUCUGGACCAUAGCAUCGCCACUUUGUUUCCGUUAAACGAUGUUGAAGAUUGUUUGAAAAAUAACGAGAAUGAAUCGGAAGAAGAGAAGACGAAUUAUUUUCCGAAUUGUGACUCGUCUGUAUGGAUGAGAUCUUGCAAAAGUGAAGUGAUAGAACCGAUUUCUGGCAAAAUAACAGGAAAAAUACCACAUUGGUUGAAAGGAACAUUGCUAAGAAAUGGACCAGGUAGCUUACAAGUUGGAGAAUACACUUUUAACCAUCUGUUCGAUAGUUCAGCUUUAUUGCAUCGAUUUGCAAUUGCUAACGGAGAAGUAACCUAUCAAUGCAGAUUUGUUCAGACAGACGUAUACAAAAAGAACAAUGCAGCUCAAAGGAUAGUAGUUACUGAAUUUGGUACCAAAGCAGUACCAGAUCCUUGUAGAAAUAUUUUUCAAAGAGUCGCAGCUGUAUUCAAACCCGAGAAUGACUCUGACAAUUCUAUGAUAUCCGUAUAUCCCUUUUGCGAUGAGUAUUAUACAUUUACGGAAUCGGCAGUGAUUCAUCGUAUCGAUCCGAAAACUUUGGAAACUACAGGCAAGGUGAAUGUGUCUGAUUACGUUGGAAUCGUAAAUCACACAUCUCAUCCUCACGUAAUGAAUGAUGGUACCGUUUAUAAUUUAGGAUUAAGCGUGACAUCACGAGGACCGCAAUACAAUAUCAUAUGCUUUUCGCCCAAUCAAAUUAUCAUUGAUGACUGGGGUGAAGAAAAAGAAUUAUCCAUGUUUGAUCAAGCUACCAUUAUUGCCAGUGUUCCAUCACGAUGGUUAUUGAAUCCUUCUUAUAUGCAUACGUUUGGCAUCACUGAAAAUUAUUUCAUCAUCGUAGAACAACCAUUGUCGGUAUCUCUGACCACUGUAAUAUCUUGCAAAAUGAAACAACAACCGAUGUGUGCAGCUUUAAAGUGGUAUGAGAAUGAAAAUACUCUCAUACACUUGAUUUCGAGAGAGACAGGAUUAUUAGAGAGGACGUUUAUUUCAGAAGCAUUUUUUUAUCUUCAUAUCAUAAAUCAAUUUGAAACACGUGAUCGUGAUUACGUGGUACUGGAUAUUUGCUGCUAUCGCGAUGCAAAAAUGUUAGACUGCUUAUUCGUAGAUGCGAUGAAGAAUUUGCAUAAGAAUCCUGAUUAUGCCAAAAUGUUUCGUGGCAGACCUUUGCGAUUCAUUUUACCAAUGAAACGUCCACAACCGGACGUACCAUUGGAAUAUAAUUUGAUUACUGCAAAAACAGUGAACCAAGGUCUGGAGUCAUUUCAAAAUGACUCUGUCACGUGUCAGAAUAAAUCUGGGUCAGAGUUCGUUAAAGCAUCGAUAAAUGACACUAACAAAGACAAAAGGAAUGACUAUCAAAAUGUUCUGAGGCGAAGAGCAACUGCUCAUAAACUUGCGAACGGUGAUAUUUUUGUGAAACCGGAACUUCUUUGCGAUUUGGGCUGUGAAACGCCACGUCUCAAUUACGAUUCCUAUCUUGGAAGGGAGUAUCGAUAUUUUUAUGCCAUUUCUAGUGACGUGGAUUUAGAAAAUCCUGGAACGAUUAUCAAGGUAGAUAUCUUGGAGAAAACGAGAAAAACUUGGUGCGAGAAAAAUGUUUAUCCGAGUGAACCGGUUUUCGUACCGGAUCCUAAUGGCAAGAACGAAGAUGACGGCGUGGUUCUCUGCUCUAUUGUUUGGUCUGAUAAAGAGACACGCGUUGGAUUGCUGAUUCUAGACAGCGUGACUCUUACGGAAAUUGCUAGAGCCAUCUUUGAGACUUCUGGCCCGGUGCCAAAGUGCUUACAUGGCUGGUUUACCUUGGACAAAUAAAAUAAACUGGAACUUCUAAGAGACGGAUAUCGGAUCUUUGGAUCAUCGAUGGAAAUGAAAUAUUGAUCUGGAUGUUAUGCGAUAUGUAUUAUAUUAAAUUGUCGAUAUAUUUUUAUCAUAUAAUAUCUAUAUUUUUUCAGCUCCAUUUUGUUGGCUUGAUUAUUGUUUCGUUAGUAGCUUCGGAAUUAAAAACAUUGUUCUAUGAAUGAUUGUUUUAACAAUGAAAUUGCGAUAUUAAGAAAAAUAUGUAUAUGUGUACAUAAUAUAUAUAUAUGUAUGUAUAUAUUAACUGCACAAUAUGUAUACAAUAUAAUAAAUUAUUUAAUGUUUUCUCCCGA